CGAUGAUGAUGUCAAUUUUUUUAUGAAGUACAAUUCCGAGGCAACAGCUGUGAAUUGUCCCCAGUAAUACUUCAACAUGUCAGAUGUACGCCCUCCUAACGAGCAUGUGAGUUACCCGGGGGACCAGCCCUGGCAUGUGCCAUUCCCAUCUCCACCUCGGACUCCCAAUCAUGAUCCCACUUCAUCUGGAAGUGAGGCUGACACUCAUGAUCCGCUUGACAAAAUCUCUGCCGUCAAGCACCACCUCCAAUAUAUGUCAAAGGCAACGGAUUGGUGGGAGAGUAAGUGCGAUAUUCAUGGCCAAGUUAUGGGAAACUUGGCCAACAAGUUGAACAAAGCAUACGCUGGAGAGGUGAAGCAAGCUCUUAAAGCAAAAAGUCGGAGCAAAGAGUUAGAGUCCUUGAAGUUGAAAUUGGAAGACACAAAGAAAAAUGCCCUCGAAACAUUCACACAAUCUGAAGAAUAUAACCAUGAAAUGGUUGAAUGUUUCAACAACGGCUUCGAAAUGUUCCGAGAUUAUGCUUCGGUCAUCUCACCAGACCACAAUUGGAGUGAAAUUGAUGUAGCUGGUGUCUGGCAGGUACUGAAUAUGGGUUCUGAUGGAAUGGCUCAUCAUAGCCUCGUGCAUGCAGCGAGAAGAAAGGACAAAGACAGGGAUCUUUUGAUGGACCUGUAG